AUCUCGUUUCAGAAUGGUUGUGCGAAAAACGAYCGUGGAUUACUCAGUUUCAUUCCCUUGGUCGUAUUCGAAUCAUUCGGUACCAUAGGUGUGACAAUCAGCAAAAAUUAAGCACGUUAUUGAAUCUUCAGAAUGGCUUCUUCACUCGUCAAUGCAUCGGUUCUCCUUGACGAUGAUCUUGAGCAACCAUUGAUACGUACACCCAAAGAGACCGGAGAYCAUGAACAAAAUAAAUCCAAUCCUCCAAGCACAGAAAGUASCAUCAGUUGGAUGAAAUCCUGUAGAGAAAAAAUGUUCAGGACCUCCCACUUUUUCUAUGGAUUCUGGCUAGGGCUUAUGAUCCAGAGCAUUAGUCUCGGGUCCACAGCGAUCAUCGUGAUAUACUGGGGUGCCGGAGACGGAGAAUCCUCAGAUUCGAUUAUCUCGAACAGGAAACACGGAUUUUUCUAUUUUGUUUUGUUCAUUCUCUCUCGAUCAUGGUGGCUUUUAUUCCCAGCUAUUUUCAUUGCGAUCGAUGAAGGAUUGAUGGGGGGCAAAGGKCAAGGAAUUAUGGGGAAAUGUUUUUCGAGAUUCAAUCGCUCUAACGCGGAAAACGUGUUGUCGAAACCGUCACAAACAGAAGUGUUCUUCGGUGGCAUUCGAUUCCACAUCGGAAUUAUUUUCGGAUGCUUCGUUAUUUGGGGUGCAAUUGAUUUGUAUUUUGGUGCAUCGUUGGGUGUGUUUGUCGGCCUGCUUGCAUCAUUACUAUUUUGUCUCAGUCUGUGCUAUGGCAUGGUCGUCAUUCACGAUCGAUUUCUUUCGCAUGACCGAGCUGUGGCAAAGAAUACAACAACAACAGAAGCGAUCGCAGCAGUAGCAGCAGUGAUUCCACAGUCACCUGAUCAAAGAAAAGUUGUCUUCGUCUAAUCACUCCUUUUUUAAAAGCAACGCUAUUUGGAUACGAUGAAAUAAUGUGAUCAGAAAUCAAGAUAUUAUAUAGUA